AUGAUCGGUGGCGGCGGCAGCGGCGGUGGUAGCGGUGGCAGCGGCAGCGGCAGCGGUAGCGGCGUCAGCGGCAGCGGUAGCGGCGGUCAACGUGUCGUUAAGGAAGGAUGGCUCCAAAAACGCGGGGAGCACAUAAAAAAUUGGAGAUCGAGGUAUUUUGUCUUGAGGGACGAUGGUACACUGGUUGGGUUCAAGGCGAAGCCCGAUCCACAGAUGGCUGCGCAAACAUCCCAGCCAUUAAAUAACUUCACAGUGCGCGGGUGCCAAAUAAUGUCGGUGGACAGACCUAAACCCUAUACAUUUGUUAUCAGAGGCCUCCAGUGGACAACCGUAAUCGAAAGGACGUUUCACGUGGAAACGGAGCAGGACAGGGAAGACUGGGUAGCAGCAAUCAGAUAUGUAGCGGAUAGGUUAGCAAAUGAAGAAAAUCAACAGCAAGAACAACCACAAAUGCAACAAUCUUCUUCCUCGGAGGAUGUUGAUAUGGAAUCGUCAGUAGGUGCCAGGUCUGAUUCUUGUAGUUCCUUAGGUGUUGUAUCUACUGAUCUAGACGGUGGUAGUAUCGACGAAUUAUCAGCAAAGUUCAGUGUCCAAGGAACUUCAAGUAGUAAAAGUACCGGCAAAAAGAAAGUAACACUUGAAAAUUUUGAAUUUUUAAAAGUUUUGGGAAAAGGAACGUUUGGAAAGGUAAUUCUUUGUAGAGAAAAAGCAACAGGACAUUUGUACGCUAUAAAAAUUUUAAGAAAGGAGGUCAUUAUCCGUAAAGACGAAGUGGCACACACACUUACUGAAAACAGAGUAUUACGUACUACGAAUCAUCCUUUUUUAAUCUCUUUGAAAUACAGUUUUCAAACGGCGGACAGGCUGUGUUUUGUUAUGGAAUAUGUAAAUGGCGGCGAAUUAUUUUUCCAUUUGAGCCGAUCACGAGUAUUUGGCGAAGAUCGUACUCGAUUUUACGGCGCAGAGAUUAUAUCGGCCUUAGGUUACUUGCACUCGCAAGGCAUUAUAUAUCGUGAUCUCAAAUUGGAAAAUCUCCUCUUGGAUAAAGAUGGGCAUAUUAAAAUUGCUGACUUUGGUUUGUGCAAAGAGGACAUUACGUAUGGGAGAACAACAAAGACAUUUUGCGGAACACCAGAGUAUUUGGCACCAGAAGUACUUGAAGAUAACGAUUAUGGACGAGCUGUGGAUUGGUGGGGUGUGGGUGUAGUCAUGUAUGAAAUGAUGUGUGGUCGAUUACCUUUUUAUAACAAAGAUCAUGAAAAGCUAUUUACGCUUAUUUUAUUGGAAGAAGUAAGAUUUCCUAGGACGAUUAGCAAUGAAGCAAGAGAUAUGCUUGGUGGUUUAUUAAUAAAGGAUCCAAGUAGAAGAUUAGGCGGUGGACCUAAUGAUGCGAAGGACAUCAUGAAUCAUGCAUUUUUUUCAUGUAUCAAUUGGACAGAUCUUGUCCAGAAGAAGAUACCUCCACCCUUUAAGCCGCAAGUGACUUCAGAUAUUGACACUCGAUAUUUUGAUAGUGAAUUUACCGGCGAAAGUGUUGAACUUACACCCCCGGAUCAGGGCUGUUUGGGUAGUGGAGGGGGUUUAAAUUCUAUAGCAGAAGAACAAGAACAUUUUCCUCAAUUUUCAUACCAGGAAAGUCAUUCAGCAGCAACUUCUUCCAUUGUUUCUAUCAAUCACUGACAGUGUCAAGUGUCUUGCUUAAUUAAUGUAAUGAGAUGUGGUUCAAUGCAUGAAAAAUCUCGAGCAAAAGAAUUUAAUUACGAUAUGUAUCUGACGAUUGUCUGCAAAGCUUGAAAUUUUCCCCCCAAUAGGCAGAUCAAUCAAAUUAUCUUUCUUUAUGAUGCUUUUUUUUUAAUGCAUCUUAAGAGAUUAUCACAUAUCUCCAAUGGCAAAAGAAAUUAGAUUUAUGCGUAUAAGUGUGCGCGCGCAUAUUACACCUAUACACAUAAUUAUAUUCAUUAAAAUUGUAUAUGGCAAAAUGUAUACUAUAAGAUUAGAUCGAGAUAGUACGAUUAAUAUUUGCAUAUAGAUUCGAAGGAAUAUGACAGGGAUUAAAUUACGUUCUUAAUUGAAUCGAGUUAACUAAAAACUCCUUGAGACACGCGUAUUGUGAAUAUUGAAUAAUUUUCUUGUCAUCAAGGAACGUGCGGUAAUCGUAAGUAUAUAAUCGUUUCGUUCAACAAAAGCUGCACUUGACACUUUCCAACUUCAUCAUCACCGUUUAUUAUCUUAUUUAUGGAAGGGCAGUUCCUGAUCUUUUUUUUAAUUCAAUAGAUGACUGUUACGGCAGAUGCCAAAAUAGAAAAUUGCAUUAAGGGCCAAACGAAAAAGAAAAUGGUUUGUCCAUUGUGAAAGUUGAAUGUGUAGUAAAAUAUCAGCUUUAAUUGAAUUAUUGUAUAAAUUGGAGAUCACUUUUUUAGCCUUAUGAAAAUUGUCAUUUAUUAUGACUGAUAAUAAUUGGAGAUGUGCGAGUAUUCGGAAAUUCUGGGCUGUAUAGAAUUCGGAACACUUGUUCGAAACAAAUGUUUUACUAUUUUUGGAAUUGGAAAAGGAAGUUGUUUAAAAGAAACUUGUGGCUUAAAUAUUUUCUAUACCUAUGUUAUUUCCCAACCAAAAUAUAUUAAACUUAAUAGUGGAUGCAUGCAUUACGCGUUACAGAAAAUUAGAAGCUAAAUUCUCUAUUAUAUUACUAUAAUUGAAUUGGAUUAUUUAUCGUUGAAUCAUAAGCUUAAAGUUUGAGCAACAUUCAAUUCCAUAGUUCCAAGCUUAAAGUCUGAAAGAUAAAAAUUUUAUGUAAGAUUUUGUUGUAUCAUAGCUUAUUUACCGUUAAUUUACUGAAUUUCGAAAAAUUUUUUACUACUACAAAUCAUCCAAGAGUAAUGAUUUUAGUACACGUAUAAAUCAUAUCUUCAUAUGUAAAAAUCAUAUUUUUAUUGCCAGCAAAUCUAUAUUUUUUUAAAAUAAUCUCGAAAGAUUAUUUUUUAAUUUUAAUCAUUAUGUAAAAAUAAUUUAUCAAUGGAAAUAAUGAAGGAUAUAUAAAUUAUUCAUUGUUCGUAUCAUCGCAAAAGUGAAAUCGUUGCUAGACUUUUAACGGUAUAUCGACACAAAGUGAUUUGUGCAUAAUUGUGAUCAAAGUGCCUAGUAAACGAUUACUCCCUAGGAACGAAUAAUGUAAUUCUAUUUGAAUGCAAAUCUGAAAAUAUAAAAUAAUCAACUGUUAUCCUAUUUUACUCAUCGGAUCUAAAUUACUUAAUUUAUAUCAUUUAUAUCAUUUAGAUAAAUUCGCAUUUUUCAAGAGCUGAUUUAUCAUAAAUAUUAAGAAACGUGUUUAUAGGUGAAAAUAUGUUAGUCACAAUUAGAGCGAUCGGAACAACUUGAAUAGUUCGAAUGAGUUCUAUCCGAAGAAUAGUCUUAAAAUACGUGAUAUGUGAAACUUCGAAAGACUCACACAUGUCUAAUUAUAGUGAAUUUUAAAUCGGAAAAAGAUGUUUUCCUAUAAAAAAAAA